AUGCCGCCCAAGGGUUCUCAUCUUGAGAAUACUUGGAUACAAAUGCCAACAAGUUCUUCAUCAUAUGUCUCAAACGUUCCACGGAAGAGAGCCUUUGAUGAAUUAAGCAAUCAAGUAAUGUUGUCCGCAAACUGGCGUGAUCAUCCUGAUAUCGCAUACAACCGCCGAUGGAUGAGAAACAAAAUUUCAAAAUUGAUCAGUUUUGGAAUUGAGAAUGAGGGAGUUGCAGCUAAGGUGGAAUGGUUUCUAUUUUUGAGUGCUGAUUCAAAGGAAGCAUAUAUGAACCAGGAGACAUUGAAUCAGCGCGUGCAUAUUCAAUUGGAAUAUAGAAAGAUAUAUGGCGUGCAAAAAGCGGGACUAUCUCAGCAUUCUAUUGUUCCUGAGCUGCCUUGUUUACCUGAAUCAAUCACCAAAUUUGCUGAUAUGCAUGUGCUUUAUGACUUGUACGUUUCUGGCCAUGGAAGCUAUUUGCCUCAGCAACAUGCAAAUAACGUGGAGACGAAUCUGUCAAAUCAUAGAGAUAGUUUGGGGACUAUGCAGAAUAAUGAGUGUAUGAAGAUUCCUACCGCUGUGGGAAAAUCCCUCCAAUCUGAAGAUUCAAAUUUGAUGUUACCUCAAUUAGUCUCGAUGGAUACUUCGGAGCAUUCCAAUCUUUUUCCUAGAAUGAGGUCGAGCUUAGAACUGAAAGAUACAAUGCAAAAGAGAAGCCAUAAUGAUAAUAAUGAAUCCAUGCUACAACCUACCAAAAGACAGAAAGUGAUGGAUUAUACUUUUGGAGUCUCUUCGUUUAACGAUGCAAGUAUUGAUCAGUCAACUCACGAGAUGGUUCAACCUUCUUCUUUUGAAACACCUUCGGAAGUGAAGCAACAGUUAGAAUUUCCCCUCUUUUCUAUUGAUGGUGAAGUUGACAAAUACAGGAUGGAACAAUUGGCAAAUCAAGUGCUUGAUUCUAUGGACGUUAGUAGGGUAAACAACAAUGUGAUGGUUAAUACACUUGGAGAAACUUACGAGACUGACACGUUUCCUUCUAACGGCUUAGAAGCUGGUCAAAUAUCAGAUGAGCCAGACUGCAUAAUGAUAGACAGCAGAAACUCAGUGGAAAUCGACAGUAUGCCUACUCGCAGGAAUGAACUUAUUAUUAUUGAUGAUGAUGAUGAUGAAGACAUACAAGGCACACCAGGAUUCAACCAGGAGUGGAUACAAACUGAAGAGGACUUCAGUGAGUCCGCAAAUGCUGCAGAUAACGAGAUAUACAACAAUGUCGUGGUUGAUACAUUUGGGCCUGAAACUUUCGAGAAUGGCACAUUCCCCUGUAAAGGCUUAGAAGCUGUUCAAAUAUCAGAUGAGCCAGACUGCAUAAUGAUAGACAGCAGAAACUCAGCGGAAAUCGACAGUAUGCCUAUUCGCAGGAAUGGACUUAUUAUUAUUGAUGAUGAUGAUGAUAAGGAGGACAUACAAGGAAGAACUGGAUUCAACCAGGAGGGGAUAAAUGCUAAAAAGGAAUUCGGUGAGCCAAAAUAUGAUCAAGAGAAACAAGAUCUCGAAAGCAAUGGUGUGAUAGACAGCAGCAAAUCAAUGGAAAUUGAAAAUGGAUCGAAUUCCAAUAUGCAUUCUCUCAUAAGCAAGGUUCCUAUUCCUAUUGUUGUAGAAGACAAACAAGACACAACUGGUUUCAACUCGGAGGGGACAGAUGCUAAAAAGGAAGUUGGUGAGGCAAACGAUAAUCAAGAGAAGCAAACAAAAUCCUCAAAUAGAAUAGAUGAUGCUGUUUCUUUGAUCGAUUUGUUCACACAUGAUCAAAUAACAAACCAUAUUAGUAGUUUUGGAGAGCAAUCUAAUCAGGUUCGUACACCAACAUCCUGCACUACAACUGCGAGCAACACAUGCCAAUUAUGUGCAACGGAACUUCUCUCCUUUGAACCAGUAACAAUUUUUUGCUUAUGUUGUGAGAACCCCAUCAAGAAAAAAGCACACUUUUUCUGUAGAAAAGGAGAAGAAUUUGAUGCAGAUCAAUGCUUUUGCUCCCACUGCUAUACGAGAUUUAAGGGUGAUUGCAUCGAAUUCAAUGGGACAUAUGUUUCUAAGCAAAGUCUCGAAAAAAAGAAAAACGAUGAAUUAUAUUUUGAACCGUGGGUUGAAUGCAAUAAAUGCAAAAGAUGGCAGCACCAAAUAUGUGCACUCUAUAACAAGAAAAGAGAUUUGGACUGCAAAGCUGAGUAUAUAUGUCCUUUCUGCCGUUUAAAAGAAAUUGAAAAUGGAAUGCAUGUUCCCUUACCAAAGAACACUGUUUUUGGUGCUAAGGCCUUGCCUAAAACCAUGCUUAGUGACCACUUAGAGAAAAGACUUUUUGAGCGUCUCAUGCAAGAGAGAGCAGACUGGAAUAACGAUAAAGGGAAGAAGAAUCCUGAUAAGGCUUUAGCCGAAGAAAGUCUUUCCAUUAGAGAAGUGUUAUCUGUCGACAAACAAUUGAAAGUGAAGAAGCAGUUUCUGGACAUCAUUCCAAAGGAGAAUUACCCUUCUGAAUUCUCUUACAGAUCAAGAGUUAUUCUUCUAUUUCAACAGAUUGAAGGAGUAGAUGUAUGCAUAUUUGCAAUGUAUGUCCAGGAGUUUGGCUCGGAAUGUGGCAAUCCAAAUAAACGUUGUGUAUAUAUUUCAUAUCUUGAUUCUGUCAAUUACUUUACUCCUCGAAGAAUGACUAAAAAUCAGGAAGCUCUCCGUACCUUUGUUUACCAUGAGAUAUUGAUUGGGUACCUUGACUUUUGUAAGAAAAGAGGUUUCACAACUUGCUACAUAUGGUCCUGUGCUCCUCAAAAAGGGCAGGGUGAUUACAUUCUAUAUUGCCAUCCAAAAACUCAAAAGAUUCCAACAGAUGCUAAGCUACGGGAGUGGUAUCUUUCAAUGCUAACAAAAGCUUCUAAGGAAAAUAUCGUUGUUGGUUUAACCAACUUAUAUGAUCAUUUCUUUGUUUCUACUGGAAAUCGGCAUUCCAAGAUAACAACGGCUCGUUUGCCGUACUUUGAUGGAGACUACUGGUCUGGUACUGCUAUGACUCAAGCCGAGGACAUUGAAGAAAAGUGUGGAGGAGAGUACGAAUCGACAUUGAAUAAAGUAAUGAAAACUAGAUCUUUAAAGGCCAUGGGACACAUCCAUCCUUCCAAAGGCAAUGCCAAAGAUAUUCUGGUGAUGCAUAGACUGGACCAAGCUAUAUUGCCUAUGAAGAAAAACUUCAUUGUAGCACACUUGCAGUAUUCAUGCAUGCACUGCUGUAAACCUAUAGUGUCUGGGAAGCGAUGGUUUUGCACUAAAUGCAAACUAUUUCAGGAGUGUGAAAGAUGCCACAACUCUGAUAUACACACUUCGAUUAAUGGCGAGGUGCAUAGACUUUCUAAGGUCCUUGUGGAUGAUAUCCCCUUCAAGACUGAACAAAAUGAUAUCAUCAUUGAGAAUGAAGUAUUUGAAAAUAGGAAUAAUUUUUUGAGUUUCUGCCAGAAGAAUUGGUUUCAGUUUAACACACUCCGCCACGCCAAGUAUUCCUCAAUGAUGAUCCUCUAUCAUCUAAACAACAGUACUUUGCAGACUGUUUGAACAGAGCUCAAAAUGUCAUCAAGUUUUCAGAUUGCCGAUUGCCAUCAACACGAGUUGAAUCAGGAGAGGAGUAAACCUUCAGAUUUCGGCGCUGA